AUGUGUAAUCCUUUGGCCCCCUUGGGAAAACAAGAGGAAAACAAGAGCAAAGCCUCGCAUGCCUGGCACAACACAACUCCCCAGAAGGAGGAGCAGCAGACCCCGGACAGGACUAACUAUUUGAGCACUUUUCAUUUGGCAAGGAGUCCGUCCCGGCACAUUUUGCACGUCAAAAUAGGCUCCGGACAGAGUCACAGCCUCUGCUAUGGCGGCACGAUGGGCAACGGAUAUUUUCGAACGUCACAAACAUCAUCAUCGUCCCGCCAGCGGGAAAAGCGGGGCAAGGAGAGCUACAGCUACCAGCACAACUACGUGGACCGGGUGCGCAUAGAGGACACCAACGGAGGGCACCAGCACAGCCACAGCCACUACCACAACAGCAGCAGCAGCACCACCAACGGCGCCGGAGUCCACGAUCCGAGGUGUCCCCAGGGACUGCGGGCUGCUGCCGCAGGCUGGCGGCACACGCACAAAUCCGUGUCGCAUCUCGAUUUGGCCACCAGCUGCCAUGAAGCAGCUGGCAAUGGCAUAGGUCGCCACACGCAGCACCACUCGCACGUUCACCACUCGCACUCGCAUCCGCAUCACCUGCAACACGCCCAUCACUCGCAUCAUCCACACGCCCAGCCCCAUUGGACGCAGUGCCGUGUGGGACUUGGUGGCGGAGGAGGAGGCGCAGCAGGAGGAGCAGGCGGAGGCGGACCAGGCAGUGGACAGCUGAGGAACGCCCGCUCUUUGGACUACACACAGCUCGAGCGGGAGGAGAACGCCUUGGACAUAGCCGAGUUCUACUGGCGAUUCGAUGCGGAAGCUCCGCUAGACCACGGCGAUAGCUACGCGGUGCUUCCCAUCAACGACAACUUCGAGGCAGAAGCAGCAGCAGCAGCAGAAGGAGGAGAACCAACCACCCCAGUAAAUGGUGGCGCAGCAGCUAAUGCCACAGCGACAGCCACUGCUACACUCCUCGAUCUUUUGGGCAGCGAAUCGUGCAGUUUGAGGCGAUCGCGCAGCUUGGCGGUGAUACGUGAGGAGACAUUUAGUGAUCUGCAAAUUGGUUCGGCAAACAGCAGCAGGCGGAGAUCGCAGCUAAUACCGCGUGCGAGGCUCGUUAAUCGCGGAUUUUUCCGUGAAUCGCCGAGAUUGAACGCCAAGCAGCAGCAGCAGCAGCAGCAGACGACCUCCUCCACGAUUGAGCAGCCACUGGAGACGCCACCAGCGGAUGACACUCAAAGUCACAGAAGCAGCAACAACAGCGGCACUUGUGAUUCGCAUCAGCAGCAACAAAAGCAACAACAGCAACAACAAAAGCAACAGCAACAUCCCAAGAGGGGACACCUAGCCAGAGGGGAAUCGCGUGACUUUGAUUUGUACUACGAUAAUCUGAAACGGUUGGACGCCUUGGCUCUGGGUCUCAGCGAGCAGCUGCAUCCGUGGCACAACGACAAGAGCGACUUGGAGAGCCUCAAUUCGGAUUACUUUAAGAAUUCAUUGCAUCAGAAUCACUUGGAGCAGCAGCAGCAGCAGCAGCAGCAGGGACCUUCAUCCUUGGAAUUCGAGGCGCUAGAGCAGGCGGCAGUAAAUCUGCUGAAGGAGCGGCCACGCAUCUAUCAGUCGCGCAGGCAGCAGCAGCACCAGCGGAACCAUCACCAUCAUCAGUGCCACCUGCAGCGACACUUGCAGCAGGACGCUGGGGCAGAGUCCUGUCCGGAACACAGCCAGAGCAGCAUCUUCCCAGAGACAACGACCAGCAACUCCGACGAUCAGACGGACAGCCCCUCGCUCUCCGAGCAGGAGUACGAUCUCACGCACAUCGAGGAGAUCUACCAGCAGCAGGGAGGAGUGAGCGCAGGAACAGGAACAGGAUCCAACGGAGGUGUGGAGGAGAGCUACGAGAUCAUCAGCCUCACCACCACAGCGAGGACAACGCGCUUCGAGGAGAGCAGCGACCAGGAGGAGUAUCAGGCAGGAGACGACACCGCCGCAGAGGAGAGCCGCUCAUCCCUCACCCCCACCUCUGGGCAGAUCCCGGCCAGCGACAGCGACGGCACCCUGAAGCGGGGCCUCCACGGGGAUCAGCUGAUUGCCUACGAUUCGGUGUAUCUCUCGUCGGAGGAUAGCUCCGACUGCACGCUGAUUGGCGAGUCCUGCGAGUCCUUCGAGCAGCGCACCUUCACCAGCUGCGGGGAGAGCGGGGAGCUGGAGACGCGGAGUCUGCUGCACAUCUCCAUUGAGGACACGGUGUACGAGCCGCAGGCCAAGCAGCACAAGAAGGGAGCAACAGAGGAGCAGCAGCCCCUUCUGACCACCGCGAAGGUUGAGGCACAGAUCUUCACGCAGGUCCUGAAGGUGGAGCACACGCCACAGAAUAAACCCAAGAUCCUAGCAGUCGUAGAGAAGCGGAAACUCAAGCAGGAGGAGGCACAAGUGAAGCAGCAGCAGCAGCAGCAGCAGCAGCAGCCUGCCACCGACUCCUUGGUGGUGGUAUCCAAUCUACAGGAGAACCAAUACCACAGCCUGCCGGAUGUCAACAUCGGAGUGAGCCUCAAGGUGUGCGAGAGCAUCGACAAGGAGCUGCGAUCCUCCUACAAUCUGCAGCGCCAGCAGCAGCGCAGGGACUCCAAGAGGGGUGGACAGGUGGUGACCCGUGCGGAGACCUACGAUUCCAUUCGACGCUUUGGCAGGGCCCACCAGAAGGCCCGGCAGAAGGAGCAUCAGGAGAGGGAGCGCGAAAGGGAGCGAGAAGCAGCCGCAGCAGCAGCAGCAGGAGGAGUGCCAGCAGGGGAAAAGGAAAAGCAGCAGCAGGAAACGCAAAGACAGGAAAAGCUAGCAAAGAUAACAAAGGAAAUCGUUGCACCAGAAGAGCCGCAAAGGCAGGAGGAGCUCGAGGAAGAGGAGCCACCAUUGCCACCACCUCCGCCACCAUUAACGGAAGAGGAAAGGCAGCCGCAGCAGCAGGAGGAGCAAGAGGAACCCGAGCUAGUGUCCAUAGUGCACGUGGAGAAACCCAAGGAGGCGCCUGUCAUCGAGGUGGCAAACUUUAGCCAACUAAUCGAGCGUCGUGCACAGGAAAUUCGUGAGCGCAAGGACCACGACCAGAGCGCUUCUUCCACCGGAAGACAGGAGCAGCAGCAGCAGCAGCAGGAAGCGGAACAGGAAGAGGAGACCCUGUUCCAUAUCAUUGUCACGGACGCCCAGAACAAUAUCAUCCAAAAGGAAGCCAUUCACGAGGAGCAUUCAUCACAGCGACCCCGCAACGUGCGCCGCUCCCAGAGUUCAUCUUCGGGCAGCAAGCCCCCCGAGCGCCGCGUCCUGCACAGCGGCGGGGCGCCCAUUUACAAGGCGAGGCCCAUCAAAGUUCUGGCCGCAGGCCACAGCGAGUCGACCUUUUGCCGGGGCAAAAUGUCGCGGCCACAGAUCCUGCACGUUGUGGAUGGAGGCGCCACCGAGGGCAGCCUGAGGCGCCGCAGCAGUGCCCGAAGCAUAGCCUCCACCGUCAGCAGCGGUGGGGCAGGAGGAGGAGGGGCAGUGGCCACGGAAUAUCUCCAGAAAGUGGAUGCCGUGCGCUGCUAUUGGCAAAAGUUGGCGGGGAAUGAACCAGAAACGGACAAAGGAGUGGAGGAGCCACCGCAGGAGCAGGGUGUCCACAAUGGAGUCCACUUCCAGUUGGGUGGCAAGACCACAGCCUUGCAACAGCAGCAGUUGCAGCAGCCGCAGCAACCGCACAGCAAUGAUUUCUGCAGCUUGAUGCCUCCGCCCUCGAUUGAGAUUGUGGAACUGGGCGACGGCUGCCAGAAGGCCACCAUCGUGAGUGCUGCCCCCGAUCCCGAUGCGGAUGAGGACGAGGAUCAGGAUGGGGCACAGUUCGAUCACAUUCGCUACAAGGUGCUCAAGUCGCAGCAGCUGAUUCGCAGCAACAUCCUGCACCAUUCGACGCGCAACAAGAAGGAGGCGCAGUUCGAUGGCCUCAUCCAGUAUCUGCAGGACUACUCCUUCCAGGAGCUGCUCAGCAACAACAAUGUCGUCAUUGUGGAGCCCGUGAGGACGAAGAUCGAGCGGCCCCUACAAGUGGGUGGCAACAAAACGGGCGUGGCUGCCGCUGCCGCUGCGGGGCCACCAAAGCCCCCGCGUGUAAUCCAUGCCUCGGGCUCGCAGCCACGAAGGAACACUCUCCGCCAGCGGCAGAUGGGCGGAGGGGGAGGAGGAGGCGGUGGUGGGGGAGCUGCAGCCCGGCGCCACUUCUUCUAUCAGCCCGUGAGGGUCAAUCGAGAGCUGUACGAAGACGAGCUGCCCGAUCCGGACACCGUGCGGAAUGUGCGCCGCUUCUUCGAGCAGAAUGUGAUGCCGUCUCCGGGGCAGGGACUGCUCGUGCGAUCGCAGCAGAAGUUCGGGGGAUCCGCCUGUCAAUUGAGUCCCAAGGCUGCGAGGAGAGCCCAGGGAUCGUCCUAUCGAUAUCUCACCAUAGACACGAGCUAUGGCGGCGGCGACUCCUCCUCGUCGGGCGUGGAGCAGCCCAAGGGCAUGGAUCUGCUGGCGGAGGAGGAGCAGGAGCAGCAGCAGCAGCAGCACAAGCACUCCAAGCUGGGCGCCCACUGGGACACUGGCAGUCUCUCGAGCGGCAUCUCCAGCGGGGAUCUGAGCUCCCCCUGCGGCGACUGCCAUCCGCAGGAGUCGUCCCCCGUGAUGGCCUGCAAGGAUGUCCACGUGCAGGACGUCGUCCGGCGGCACAACAGCAAUGCAGCGAAUGCCAAGGCACGCGCAAAGUUUGCCUCGCGACGCACCUGGUGCAUGGGUGGGGCAGGAGCCGCCAGUGACUCGCUCUAUCGUCAAAUUUAUGAACAAAGCUUGGGCCACGCAGAGGAUUGUCCCGAGGAUGAGCAGCAGGAGGAGGAGGACCACUACGACGAGGAGGAGGACGAGCAGCAGUCCGAGGAGCAGGACAUGUGCGAGAACUAUUAUGUCAGCAAUGAUAUUCUGGCCAAGAUAAGGGAAUGCGGCUCAACAGUCACUUACUACGGCGGCCGAGUCCUGGAUAAUGCCACAUCGAAGAUGCCCUUGCCACAAGCUGCCGCAGCCGCAGCCGCUGCCACACAGCAAAUGAAUGGCACACGCUCUCGCAUACGGCAGAUUGAGGCAUGCAACGUGUGUCUGCCCAGCGACAGAUGCGAGCAUCGAUUGCAGACGAAGCAGAGCCUGGAGGAGCAGGAGCAGGAGCAGCAGUCACAGGACUCCUAUCAGGGCAUCAAAUUCAAGUUGGUUAAAUCGAAUAGCUGCAGCAGUCGCCUGGAGUUAGCUGGCGCCGACAUGGAGGUCGCCGCCGAUAGCGAAGUGGUGCGCAAAAUGGUGCACCAUUUCGAGGCAACAGCCACCGACCCUGUGACCAUCAACAGUCAGAGCCACAGUCAGAGUCAGAGUCAGUUGACGGAGGCAGCUGUCCCGCCGAGACGCCUCCCAGUGACAGUCAAUAAUCACAUUAAUGUCCAGGCGCAGAAGAGUGAAAACUUUAAUGGAGGAGCCAGCCAUGCGGCAGAGGCAGAGGCAGCGACAGCGGCAGCGGCAGAGAAUGAAAUGUCACAUCCCACAUACGAGUCGCAGGCCAUGAACAUACGCCUCGAUGUGGCACGUGGCAGCGGCAAUGGGAAUGCCUCGCAUGUAAGCAAAGUUUGCCGCAAUAAAAAUGUGGAUUUGGCCUACACAUUGGUUAAGCAGCCAACGCCCCAGGGCAGAGCCGGCGCCACCCACGAAGGCAAUCAGAGGCUGCCGCAAGGCCAGAAAGUGCCACAAACCGAGGAGGUGGCAGUGUCAAAAGUUGGCAGCAAACAACAAACAACAACAGCAGCAGCAGCAGCAGCAAUCAAUGGGAGACCACAAAUGAUUGUGCCAGUGGAAAUACAUCAGCAGAUACAGCAGGUGGCAGGUCCUGCUGCUGCCCCCGAGCGACGCCUGAGCAACGCCAGCAGCAGUGCCGCCUCGAUUGUGGACAAGACAGUGGUGCGGCAUUAUGUGGCAAAUGACAGAAGCAUCUACGAGCGACGCAAGUACGAUGAAAUCGAGUUUGAGGAGUUUGAGGUCUACGAUCCAAGCAAGGAGGUGGAGCAGCCGCAGGAGCAGGACAAACCCCCUACGGACGCCGAGCUGUACGACAGCCUCGAUGAUAAAAUGUAAAACGCAUCCAAGCAAAAUGCUCAAUAGAUCGAAAUUGCUUCGUGGGCAAUCGAAGUUUCCAUAAAUAAUACCAAAAUAUAAUCAUAUUUCACGUUGUAAUUGUAGGCCUUAAUUUAUGCCUGACUCUAGGCCUUAAUUUAGUAUUAAAGUUUAAACGGUAAAGCCCAAAGCUAUCCAAAAAGUAUAAUAAAUUAUUUAACAUUAAUGCUGCAAUGUCGCUGCUGCGAUUUAUUCAAAUGUAAAUUAGAAACAUUUUAUGCUAAAUAAAUAUGCAAUUUAUUUAAUGAUCUGUCAAGCAA